CGGUUUCCCCAAACAAUAGUCGAGAGGACGCGAUGGUCCUUUUCUUUUUUUUUCAAGCCACAGGGAAGUUUAGGACCCUCAUCGGCCCUAUUGUUGUCCACACCGAGGCCACGUAGCUCCGGUUCUAGACGAAGAGAGGCGCAGUGAGUGAAUAUAACUCGGAGGUAAAAACGGACUGAUGCGCCCAGAGCGAAUCAGUCCGUUUGAUUGUAGGCCGCUGGUUUGAAUUCUGUCCGCCGUGGAAGACUGCUGGGAAUUUCAGUUCGUCCAUUCAUUUACAGUGAGAGGAGGAGAAAAGGAGGGAAGAAAGGAAACGUACAGUGGGAUCGUUUGGCAUCAGGACGCGGCCGGUGAGGCCUGGGAGUCUCCCAUUGUCCUGCCUGUCUACAACAAGCCUCCUGUCUCAUUUUUUGUAGGUCGCACAACUCUGUAGAUUCGCCCUAAAUACUGCGACUCCUCACAAUUUCAUCCACGUCAGCUCUUCCCUGUUGCGACUCUCCUACCCAUCAUCCUCCCUCACCCCUCUUCCUCCUCAUCUCCUCCUCCUCUUCAUAGCCUCUCCCUGCUGUCUCCCCCACCUUCCUUCUCCUGCCUCCCUCCUCAUCGGCCUCCAAGAUAGAUUCCCUCAGGAGUAAGGUUGACCUGCUCAAGCUGCCCCUGACUCUGUCCACCAAGUCCAUCUCCGAGCGCAAGAGCCAGCUGGGCGGAGUCGGCGAGCAGUGCGGCACGGGGGGAGGAGGAGGAGGUGGGGCCCGUAAAGCCCGCCCACCGCUGCCCCGAGACAUGGACAACGAGUCGCAGUACUCGGGUUACUCAUACAAGUCGUCCCACUCCAGAAGCUCCCGCAAGCACAGGGAUCGGAGGGACCGUCAUCGCUCCAAGAGCCGAGAUAGCAGCAGUCGUGGAGACAAAUCAGUAACUAUACAAACUCCUGGAGAGCCGCUGCUGGAUGCAGAGUCGACCCGUGGAGAUGACAGGGAUGAUAACUGGGGAGAAACCACCACUGUCAUCACCGGCACCUCGGAGCACAGCAUCUCCAAUGAGGACCUGACCCGAGUCACCAAAGAUUUGGAGGAGUCGACGCCGCUGGAGUGCAAGCGUUUCGUAGGACCGGCACUGGGCGGCUGCCUGAGCUUCUUCGCCAUUGUCACCCCACUGGCCUUCCUCAUCCUCCCUCAAGUGUUGUGGCGCGAUGCUUUGGAGCCCUGCGGGACACCCUGCGAAGGUCUCUACGUCUCGCUGGCCUUCAAGUUGCUGGUGCUGCUCAUCUCCUCCUGGGCCUUGUUCCUUCGGUCGCCCAGAGCCACCCUGCCCCGCUUCUUUGUCUUCCGCUGCCUGCUGAUGGUACUGGUGUUCCUGUUCGUGGCGUCCUACUGGUUGUUCUAUGGCGUUCGGGUGCUGGAGCCCCGGGAGAGGGACUACCGUGGCAUCGUGGAAUAUGCUGCCUCGCUGGUGGACGCUCUGCUCUUCAUCCAGUACCUGGCGCUGGUGCUGCUGGAGGUCCGACACAUGCAGCCAGCCUUCUGCCUCAAGGUGGUCCGGAGCACCGACGGGGCCAGCAAAUUCUACAACAUGGGACACCUCAGUAUCCAGCGGGCGGCCGUCUGGGUGUUGGACCGUUAUUACAGCGACUUUACCGUCUACAAUCCUGCGCUGCUCAACCUGCCCAAGUCCAUCCUGUCCAAGAAGAUGACUGGCUUCAAGGUUUACUCCCUGGAUGAAAGCACCACCAACAACUCCACAGGCCAGUCCAGGGCCAUGAUAGCAGCCGCUGCCAGGAGGAGAGACAACUCCCACAAUGAGUACUACUACGAGGAGGCCGAGAUGGACCGCAGGAUCCGCAAACGCAAGGCCAGGCUGGUUGUGGCGGUGGAAGAAGCUUUCACGCACAUCAAGCGUCUCCACGAGGAUGAGGCGGCUUCGUCUCCCAAACACCCCAGAGAGGUGAUGGAUCCUCGGGAGGCGGCUCAGGCCAUCUUCGCCCCAAUGGCCCGGGCCAUGCAGAAGUACCUGAGGACCACCAGACAACAGGCCUUCCACAGCAUGGAGAGCAUCCUCACACACCUGCAGUUCUGCAUCACACACAACAUGACGCCCAAGGCGUUCCUGGAGCGGUACCUGGGCCCUGGACCCACCAUGCAGUACCAGCAGCAGAGUGGCAGGGGGCGCCAGUGGACUCUGGUGAGCGAGGAGCCGGUGACGUCGGCGCUCCGCCAGGGUCUCGUCUUCUCCCUGCGCCGGCUGGACUUCUCGCUGGUCGUCACAGUGACGCCCCUGCCCUUCCUGCGGCUCGGCGAGGAGUUCAUCGACCCCAAGAGCCACAAGUUCGUGAUGCGACUGCAGUCGGAGACGUCGGUGUGAAUGAAGGCGCUUCCGUUCUCGUCCAAUCACUUCCCUCUCUCUGUGACAAUAACACCGUUGGAGGAUGUGACGCCGUCUCCUCGUCAUCACAGAUGCUCUGAUAUCAAACUGUGAUCAGCUCGAUGAUUGUCCAAACCCUGGAAACAAAUGGAUGCCUUGCCCUUUAAAAAAAAAUCUGUGUUUAGCCUUUGCAACAUUCUGUAAAGUUUGUUGUGUUUUAUCUGAAGGGGGCUUUUUUCUCCUUUUUCCUCUUCUGCUGUAACCUCUGGACUACUUUACUGUGCUGACUCACCACGCCAACACCAGAGGAGGGGAUUACAUCCCAUCUGUCGCUUCGUCUUUCUCUUGUCUUAAAAAAACAACUGGAGCUCGGCUCUCAUGGUGUACCGCUGCCUUCUGUCGCUGUGUUUGAUUGGUUUUUACAUCAGGGAGAGCGACUUUUCUUUUUUAUCGUUUUUGUAACUUACAGAAUGUAGCAUUACGUGCAGCGAGUUAACAUGCUGCUUUUCUGCGGCCUAAAGAGCCAAAAUGUCUUGUUUUUUUAAUGUGACUUAAGAAAAAUGGAAGUACAUUCCUUACUUGUUGCUACUCCAAACUCUGUAUAAUUGUUUAAAUGUGCAGCUUUAAUUAUUUCACACUGGUAUUUUAUACUCUUGGUGUCACAGUUUUAGCAGGAAGACUUUAAAAAAAAAAAACACAUUUCACCUGGUAUUUACGUGUAAUCGGUAUUUUACUUGGAUAAAGGUGAUCAAAUUUGAGCCAAAUCCGGCAACAAGACGACACCUGCAGCUCAUAUUUGCAUUAUUUUGUUUUUAAAGAGGCUCAAGAACUCAAACAUGAGCAAGAAGUGCAUUUUAUAGCUGGUGACUGUUAAAAUGCAAGUAUAUCAGGCAGCAGGAUGGUGUUUGUGGGUUUGAGCCAGAAUAAGCUAGUGUGUUUGCAGUAAUAAAAGCACGUCGGUUAGUAUGACAGUGCAGCUCAGUGGUUCACUUUCCUAUAGUAUUUGGAGUAUAACAUACAUUAAUCUCUUAAAUCAGAGCAAAACGGGUGAAAAAAAAUUUGUUCGGUUGUUAAUUUUGGUCUUCUAAUGAGGCUCGACAAUAUGAGAAAUAAAGAGCUAAUGCAAUCUGUA